CACAGCCCAGUGUUGCCUCCCCCGAGCCGUCCUGCGUUUGUGCUUUACCAACACAACCAAUAGAUUAUGCCCAACCCAAGGCUUAAUCUACAAGCGGAACUCAUUUGAUAUUUGCAUCGUUUCCACACGGCUCCAUUGAGAGAACGUACACGUAAACCUUGUUUUAGACAGUUUUGUUUAAUCUACUUGAGCUGAUAUUUCUGUUGAAGAUUUGUUGGUCACUGUUCUAACUAUAGACUAUAUGUAAACAUAUCUUUUGUGACACUGUUUUUUUUUUGUUUUGUUUUUUUUAAAGUUCAGGGAUCAUGUCCAAAGCUGAUGUUCCGCUCCGGAUCCUGUGUAUUCACGGUUAUCGGCAAAGCAGCGCCUCUUUCCGGGAGAAGACUGGAGCUUUGCGAAAACUUUUGAAAAAACAGGUUGAAUUGGUGUACAUUGAUGCACCACAUAAAGUCCCCACUAGUAACGUUGUUCUCUCUUCAGUCUCCCAGGUGCAAGAGAAGCCUGACAGUGUGGGUGAUGAUCAGAGGGGCUGGUGGUUCUCUGAUGUCCAGGCUUGCAGCUUUGACGCCAGGCAGGAGUGUGAGAGCAGCCUUGGUUUGGAGCAGAGUCUGGAGGCUGUGCGGAUGGCAGUGAAGGACCUGGGCCCCUUUGAUGGCAUCCUGGGCUUUAGUCAAGGUGCUGCCUUGGUAGCCAUGCUGUGUUCCCUGCAGGAGCAGAAGCUAGACCCUACCUUUAACUUCCGCUUUGCCAUCCUGGUUGCCGGGUUCCGCAGUGCCUGUGCCCAGCAUCAGUACUUCUACAAGGGUGUGAAUAUCAUGGUGCCUUCGCUCCAUGUGUAUGGGCAGGAUGAUAAGGUCAUUCCAGAGCCGAUGAGUCGAGACUUGCUGCCCCUGUUCCUAGGAGCUCACAGUCUCACUCACCAAGGUGGACAUUUUGUCCCUGCUGCCUCUGCACACAAACACAUCUACCAGGAGUUCCUGAAGAGGUUUCAGUAGAAGGAGGACAUGCAUACAAAAAAUACAGCCACAACCUUUAUGAAUGUAAUUUAAUAUGGGGAAACCAUAUACACUGUAUGGCCAAAAGUUUAUGGAUACCUGACCAUCAAACCCAUAUAUAUGUGUAUGGUGUAUAUAUGAUGUACUGUACAAUUAAUGCAUCUUUUUAAACAUUAUAAAACUGUUUAAAGCAUUUGAUGUAUAUCUAGAUGUCUGAGAUGUACUGCACUUCUCAGAACAUACUUAAAAUAAAAAGGUAUUUAAAAUUG